AUGUUCAAGUCACUGUCCCUCUUUACUCUUCUCCUCGCCAGUGCUUCCUCGGUCACCAGUACUGAUGCUGAGGCGCCUAAAUAUCUUGAUAUCAAGGCCGUCUGCAAACAAACCCCGAAGCUGGGCCUCUUUGGUCAACUCCUCGAAGAAAGACCAGACAUCUAUGCCGCAUACGUUGAUUUAGAGGACAAGACCUUCUACUUGCCCUCUGACGAUGCCCUUAACGCAUACUACGCGGCUACAGGCAACAUUUUCCGCCGAGCUGUAGACGAUGUUGCUAAGGCCUCAUAUCAGUACGUGAACGGCCAGGUUGACCUCAACGCGGCGAGGGAGAAAAAGCGGCUUGCUCAAAAGUCGGGCGACAACAAAAACACGGUGGUGAUAAGUAACAAUGCAUCCAGAAGGAAAAGGCAGCUGCAGCUUGGAAACGACACCGUUACAACGGCAGGAAUCACGGUUUCGACAGGGUUGGGGACGAAAUCGGAGAUUCUGUUUGGGGAUAUUCAGUGCACUCAGGGCCUCAUCCAGGUUGUUGAUACACUUUUUGAGAUUCCUGUACCAAUAAUCGAGACGCUCGAUUGCACCGACGGUUCCGAAUUUCUAAGUGCACUUAAAGAUACCGAUCUCGCAGACACAUACAAUGAGAUGGGGAACGUCACCUUCUUUAUGCCUCAGGAUGGGUCAUUCGAAGCCAACUCCACCAUGGACUGCGCAUCUGUUCAACGACACGUAGUUGAAAACCAAGCUCUCUAUACUCCUGACCUCAAGGAUGGCGAUGUCAUCGAGUCUGCAUCAGGCGAGAACCUUUAUGUAAAUAUUUUGGAUGAUGAAUUCUACAUGAACUGUGUCCGCGUUAUCAAGUCAGACAACAUCGUCAGUAACGGUGUGAUUCAUACGCUUGAAAAGGUCAUUGAACCCAUGUCUGCCCCCCCGUCUUGCUGGGCAAAAAACACAACAGUUGUACCACCACCAGUGAAGUUCACCGGUUCCGCAUCAACGAACCAAGUCGGCAGCAUGCUGGCUAUUGUUGGUUCUCUAACCGCCUUAUUCUUUGCUCUCUAG